AAUAGUUGAUUGUGGAAUAACAAAUUGUUUCUUUCUUAUCGGUGUCCCGGCCAACAUCCUCUCUAUGAUCGUGUUUUAUCGCCAGGGACUGGGGGACAGGAUGAACCUCUGUCUCUUCUGCCUAGGCUUCUCUGACCUCAUGUACCUGGUAACAAUGUUUAUCAUGGCUUCGUAUUGCUUCAUUGCUGUCGCUUUUCCUGGCGAGGAAGAAUUUUGGAAAGCAUUCUUAUCAAAGUAUAUAUUAAGUUUUGAUUAUGGUUUCGGGAUCUUUUCCGGGUGUGUGACGAUGAUCAUCGCCGUGGAGCGGUGCGUGUGUGUCAUGUUUCCGAUGAAAUCCUCGUCAGUCAUCAGCACCAAGAUCAUGGCCAUCAUCCUCUUAGUCACCUUCAUCGUCAUACAGCUUCUGUGUAGUGUCUACAUCAUAAAGGAAAAGAUAAUAUUCGUGCAAGAUAUGGUGACGGGAGAAAAGAUGGUCGAUCUCGUUACUACUGAACUAUAUGUCAGCCAUGUUAUAUUUAGAAUUAUCGAAGAUAUAGUUUUAUCUGUUAUUUCCUUGUUAAGUUUUAGUAUCUUGGCGUUAACGACGGCCAUCACUGUGAUAAAACUGCGGAGUGCCAUGAUCUGGAGAAAAUCCUCAGCCAGCUCAUUUUUGAAAGGUCAGGAAGUGUUGAUCCGGAUGCUGGUGGUGGUGUCUACAAUCUACAUCUUUUGCGCAGCUCAUAAUGUCAUCUUGGCUCUCACCAGAUACCUUGUGCCGGAGUUUUCUGCAGCAGGCCGUUAUAAAAAUAUUUACUUCUGUGCUCAUUUUAUCUUCCAUAUUCCGGUUAUAUUCAAUUGUUCUAUUAAUUUUUUCGUCUAUGCCAAGAUGUCUUCGAGAUUUCAGGAAGAACUUAAGGUUCUUUGCUUGGGAAUUACGACUCCUAGGACCUCAAACUCUACUGCUGUCAAGUACACCGGCCAGUGAAAAACUCUUAGAAUU